ACCUCAACCCCCCCAAAUCAGCCUGGGAAUUUUUCAUCCCCCGCCUCUCACAACAUCACCCUAUUCCUCUCAACCACGAGAAAGACGAGUCGAACGCACAUCAUGGCUGAGCCUAUUCGCAACAAGCGCCUCGAUCCGGCUACUGCGCCCACGCCGCAGAACACCCCUCUUCAGAAUGCACCCAUCUCUUCGCAUGCCCAGCAGCCUGGCGUUGCCAGCAUCAAGGAGGAGGACUUUGACCGCGCCGCUGCCGCCUCAAUCUUCGCCCAGAACCCUAAGCUCGUCCAGAUGAUUCAGGGAAGACUUGGAUCCCUCGUCGGCCGAUCCUCCGGUUACAUCGAGUCGCUGCCACCCCAAGUGCGCCGUCGCGUUGCCGGCCUGAAGGGUAUCCAGAAGGAGCACUCCAAGCUCGAGGCCGAGUUCCAAGAGGAGGUUCUCCAACUUGAGAAGAAGUACUUUGCCAAGUUCACUCCUCUCUAUGAGAAGCGUGCCAAGAUCGUUAAUGGAGGCUCUGAGCCAUCCGAGGAGGAGAUCAAGGCCGGUGAGGAGGACGAUGAGUCAUCCGAGCCUGUCUCUGGUAUCCCUGAGUUCUGGUUGUCUGCCAUGAAGAACCAGAUCUCCCUUGCCGAGAUGAUUACCGACCGUGACGAGGCCGCCCUCAAGCACCUUAUCGACAUUAGGAUGGAAUACCUCGAUAAGCCCGGUUUCCGCCUCAUCUUCGAGUUCGCCGAAAACGAGUUCUUCACGAACAAGACCAUCACCAAGACCUACUUCUACCAGAACGAGAGCGGUUACGGCGGCGACUUCAUUUACGACCACGCUGAGGGUGACAAGAUUGAGUGGAAGGAGGGCAAGGAUCUGACGGUCAGAGUCGAGAGCAAGAAGCAGAGAAACAAGAACACCAAGCAGACCCGUAUUGUCAAGAAGACGGUACCCACCGAGUCUUUCUUCAACUUCUUCUCGCCCCCCCAAGCCCCUGCCGACGAGGACGAUGAUGCUGCGUCUGACAUCGAGGAGCGCCUGGAGCUCGACUAUCAACUUGGCGAGGAUAUCAAGGAAAAGCUCAUUCCCCGUGCAAUCGACUGGUUCACUGGCGAGGCAUUGGCAUUUGAAGAGCUGGAUGAUGACGAUUUGGAGGGUGAUUAUGAUGAUGAGGACGAUGAGGACGAGGAUGACCUUAGCGAGGGCGGUGAUGACGAUGAGGAGUCUGAGGAUGACGACGACACCGGCAAACCCAAACAGGAGGCGGCCGAGUGCAAGCAGAGCUGAGUGACGUAAGCACAGGUCACUUUGUUGCUAGGUUCCUCGCGUUCAUGACAGUCUGGAUUGAGGAAAACUUGAUGGUCGGGCAGUGGCUCUCUCGCGCUGACAGAGGCGCGGUAGUAACUACGUUACGCUUCGCGCCAGGGUAGCAUUUCACGUUCAAGGAUUGGGCCAAGCAGAGCAGCGUCCGACAGGCGAGCUCCUGCUUGAUAGAUGGUAAUUGACAUUUCGGUCCGAGACUGCUUUUUUGACGACUUUUUACGUCUUGGUCAUGAAUGAUGUUGUACGUUGCUGCUAAAAGAG